AUGAGAAGCGUGAUGGUAACAGUAAAAUUUCCUUUAUCAACAGGAGAUGAUGAAUCUAAUAAUAACACAAUUACAAACGACAAAGCACCGUCACCAGCACAUAAACGUGACAAACCGAUGAGAUCAACAUCAACAACCGAAACUGAUUUAGCUGUUGACCAAUUGCAUGCAUCUGAAAAAUUGAUUGCUGAAUUAAAUGAAACUUGGGAGCAGAAAUUGAAGCGAACUGAAGAGAUUCGUCAACAAAGAGAAGCAGUUUUCGCUGAAAUGGGUGUUGCUGUUAAGCCUGACGGAAUAACAGUUGGUGUGUUCAGUCCCAAACAAACACCACAUUUAAUUAAUCUCAAUGAAGAUCCGACACUUUCUGAAUGUUUGUUGUAUUACAUUAAAGAUGGUGUCACAAAACUUGGCACAUCGGAAGCUGAACUUCCACAAGACAUUCAACUGUCUGGAUCUCAUAUAUUGAAAGAACAUUGUGAAUUUCAUAACGAUAAUGGUGUCGUAAGUGUCAUCACAAAGCCUGAUGCUUUGAUUUACAUUAAUGGAAGGAAAAUUGUUGAACCUGAAGUGUUGACAACCGGAUCUCGUGUCAUUCUCGGCCGAAAUCAUGUUUUCCGCUUCCAACACCCACAACAAGCUCGAGAGAAACGUGAAAGGAAAAUUUCAGAAAAUCCAAACGAACAAACACUCGAUGACGGCAGUGGUGAUGAAGUUGUGGAUUGGAAUUUUGCUCAAUGUGAGUUAUUGGAAAAGCAGGGAAUUGAUUUGAAGGCAGAAAUGAAGAAACGCUUGAUUGCACUAGAAGCGCAAUUUAAGCGUGAAAAGGAAGAAGCUGAUCAACAAUUUGAAGAACAAAGAAAGACUUACGAAGCUCGCAUUGAUGCAUUGCAAAAGCAAGUUGAAGAACAAUCAAUGACAAUGUCGAUGUACAGCAACAUGACAUCAGGAACUGAUAUGGACUUCAGUUUAGCGAGAAUACUCGACGAUGGCUAUGAAGAUGAAGAGAACAGUAUUUACGAGAAUCCACUUUGUGAAUCGUGGACUAAUCGUCAACUUGAUUUAGCUUCGUGGGUGUUUAAGAAGUGGAAGAAUCAUCAAUUUACGUCAAUUCGUGAUGGGUUGUGGGGCAAUGCAAUUUAUUUAAAAGAAGCAAACGCCAUUUCAGUUGAGUUGAAGAAAAAUGUUCAAUUUCAAUUUACUUUGUUAUCGGAUACACUUUACACUCCCCUUCCGAAUGAAUUGAAAGAGAAAUCAAAUGAUGAUGAGUUGACACCAGCACGAACUGUCGUUGCUGUUGAAGUCAACGAUCAAAAGAAUGGAGCGAUUCAUUAUUGGUCACUUGGAAAGUUGAAGCAACGUCUUGAAUUGAUGCGUGAAUUGUAUCAUAGUGAUGGUGUUGAUUCAUAUGAUUACAAUGUUGAAUCAUUGAUUGGAUACGAUCCUUUUUAUGACCGCUUUCCAUGGUUUCGUGUCAUUGGACGUUCAUUUAAUGGAAAUGAAGGUGUUGGCGGUGAUGAAGAGAAAUUGAAAGCAACACAAGAUGAUGACGCACUUGGUGAACAUUUGAAGCUUGGAAAUGAAUUUAAAUUCAGGAUUAUUGUGUUACAAGCUUACGAUGUUCCAAUCGAAUACACCGACAUUUUCUGUCAAUUUAAUUUCCUUCACAAUGGAGGCGAAGAAGAAACAUUCUCAACUGAACCGAUAAAGAAUAAACAUGACAAACCUAUUGGCUUUUAUCACAUUCAAAAUUUGACAGUGAAGAUUACAAAGAAGUUUAUCGAUUACAUUAAAAGUCAGCCGAUUUCAUUCAAGAUUUAUGGACAUUAUAAUGGAAAUGUUACGAAGAACAUCAAACAGAAUACUCGUGCACCACCAAAACGAUUACGACAACUUCCAAGCAUCACAAUGAGUCAACCAAUUCGCAGUACAAAGUUUACACAGCUUGCGAUGUCACCAACAACUGAAAGGAAAACAUCAUCAGCGACUUCAACUACAACAGUUUUCACCAAACACGACAUUCUUGUUUGGUUUGAAAUUUGUGAACUUGCACCGAAUGGCGAAUAUUUGGCUGUUCCCGUUGAUGAAGUCAGUGGAAGUUUUCUUCUUCAUCAAGGCAUACAACGACGCAUUCGAAUCACAAUUGUUCACGAACCAACCACAGAAUUGAAAUGGAAAGAUAUUCGUGAAGUUAUUGUUGGACGUAUUCGCAACACACCAGAAUCGUUGGAUGAGUUUGAUGAUGCUGGCGCUUUAUCAUUGGGAAUCUUUCCUGGUGAAUUACUUGAAGUACGAAAUGAUGAAAGAACUUUUUAUCAAUUUGAAGCAGCUUGGGAUUCAAGCUUACACAAUUCAAACUUGUUGAAUCGUGUGACACAAAAUGGUGAAACAAUUUACGUGACAUUGUCGAGUUAUCUUGAGUUGGAGAAUUGCUUGCGACCUGUGAUUAUUACAAAGGAUCUGAGUAUGAUAAUUUAUGGACGUGACGCACGUAUCGGACCAAGAUCAUUGAAGAGUCUUUUCUCGGGAAAAUCAGGCACAACAAACAGGUCGAGUGCACUCUACGAACUCUCGCUCAAAUGUGCUAAUAAAGCUGGAAGUCCUGGAGUUCAAAGACGACAACGACGUGUUCUUGACACAAGCACAACUUACGUUCGUGGUGAAGAAAAUCUAAAGAAUUGGCGACCACGCGGUGAUUCAUUGAUCUUUGAUCAUCAAUGGGAAUUGGAAAAGUUGACACGUCUUGAGAUGGUUGAGCGUGUUCGAUAUCUGUUGUUGUUGCGUGAACGUUUGGGUCUUGACGAGCUUGUCAACAGCAAGAACGAUAAGAAUGUUAAUAAUAUGAUUGCGAGAGAUGGCGACACUACAAUUGAUGAAGAAGAUAUGUUGCCAUCAGAUGUCGAAGAUGAAGAAGAUGACGAUGAAUUGUUGGAAGAAGAACGUGAUGAUAAUGAUGAAGUCAAUGAACGUCAACGAAUGAUAAUUGAAAAGUGUUUGAAGCUUCUCAAUGGUGGUGCGUCAAUCGAUUUGAGUGCAGCAACAUCGCCAUUGACGCCAGUCUCAUCAUCAUCGUCGUCUGGUGUCUCGUCAGCUGAUGAGAACAGCAACAUGACCAUCAGUCAAUAUUCCAUUAACUCAGCAAGUACACCAUCGUUAAGUGAAAUCUCAAAUGAUUGGCAACAACAGCAACAACAGAAACAAAUCGAACAAAAAGUCAGCAACAGUAAAGUUGAUCACAUUCAAUAUUUCAUUCCCGAUUUGGAAGAGAUUCCAACGAGCUCGAUGGUGACAAGGAAAGGUUAUUUGAAUGUUUUGGAGCAUGGAUGUUCAGGAUGGAAGAAGCGAUGGAUUGUUGUACGUCGACCUUACAUUUUCAUUUACAAAUGUGACAAAGAUAACAUUGAACGUGCUGUUUUGAAUCUCACAAAUGCACAAGUUGAAUGUUCUGAAGAUCAAAUGGCGAUGAUUAAAAUUCCCAACACAUUUAGUGUUGUCACCAAAUAUCGCGGAUAUUUGCUUCAGACUUUGAAUGAAAAAGAAGUUUAUGAUUGGCUUUAUGCAAUCAAUCCAUUAUUGGCUGGAAGAAUCAGAUCUCAUUUAGCUCGUCAAAAUAUUGACAUCGCAUCAUCACCAACAAAGACAAUUUCAUGUACGACUGGAACCACAGCUCACAAAUUCAUCAAUCGACAGAAGAUUUUUAAUAUGAACAAAUGAGAUACCCUCACGAUGGAAUCUGUGUUGUUGUAUUAAAGAUGCUUUUAUCUUUUUCUUUAUUUUUCAUCAACUUUGCCGCUCCAUUUUUGCCCACCAAAUAAAAAGAAAACAAAAAACACACAAAACAGAUUUCAAAUAAAUGGCCGGCCGAGUUUGUUUCAUCUUCUUCUGAAGUUGUUUAAUGAAUGAUGAAGGUAAAAUAAUUAAUUAAUUAAUGAUAACACAUAUUCCAUCGUUUCAUUUUGAGUCAAACAAAUAGAAAAUUAUUAAGUGGAAAAACAUAUGCAAAGGAAAAAAAUUAAUCCCUAAGAUUAAAUGGAUAAUCUUUAAGAAUAAUAAUCAAAAGAAACCUGUAAGAGCAUGAUGAAUAUUAAUUAUGUAACUUUUCUCUUACUUAACUCUUUCUCCCUUCUAUGACGCCUUCAGUUUUGAUCCCGCAAAAGCUUGUGAGUUACAACUUAUAGAAAAACAAAAAUUCUUUAAAUUGAGUAAACUUUCUUCGACGAAAAACUUUAAAUACCUAUCUAAAAUAAAAAAGAAGAAAAAAAAUAUCGCGCUUUGUGACAUCAAAGAUAAUUUUUUGUGCAAAAAACAUGAAUAAUCCUAUCACUUGAAUGAUUAAAUGAAUAAAUUUUUAAGAGUAGAGAAAUGUGAAGGCAAUUUGGAUAAUCUUAAAGAUUUUAAUUCCAUAAAACGUCUCCAGAAAUGCAAGGAAAUUCUUUUUUUAAUUAAUUAGACUUGGAUUAAACCGGGAUUAAAUCAGAUUAAGAAUCGGAUUAAAAAUCUAAACUUAAUCAAGAUUAGCUAAUCCUUGGAAUUUCCAAAUUCGUGUUGAACUGUAAGAUACAAAAAACAUAUUUUUUAAUAUUAAAAUCAAAUAAUUUUCCUUUUUGUUUAAAUCAAGUCAUUAAUUUUAUUAAGUUGUAUUCAGAACAAUUCUUCCCGUCAGUUACUUAAGACAAGUUUCACUGAUAUUAAUUUAUAAACUGUCGGAAAAUUUAUUUGUAAAAGCUUCAAGUGAAUUGUUAUGAUGAACUUAAAAUAGAAAAAUAUAUUGAUUGAAUACUCAAACUUUAAGUUUCAUUCAUUUUUCUUAGUUUUGUUAGCAUGGAGACAAAAAGUUUUUUUCGAGUCUCUUUAAUAUAAAAUGAAAAGAAGAUAAAAAAAUUAAGAUAUCAAAAACAAACAACAAUAUUUAUGAUCAACCCAAAGGAAAAUUAUGAAUAAAAAUUGGAUGAAAAAUUAUUAAAUUAUGAAUUGUUGAGUCGUUAUUCAAUGAAUCUUACAGGCACAUCAAUCUUGGCGUUGUCAAUUAGAAUGCUGACGAAAAUCGGAUCAUAAAUUUGUUUGAUGAAAGCGUUUGAUUUUGGUAAGACUUUAAUUUCAACACUUUCACCCGGUUCAAUAGAGCCACAAGCUUUAAUCGCUGUUAUGUAAUGACUUUUCGUUGAAACUGCUUCAGCAUACAAUGGAUUAGCACACGUUGAUUCAAUGGUGAUAAGUUUCGGAACGUUAGGUUGGUCAUAAGUGAGACUGAAGGUGACUUGUGCUGGUGACACUCGGAAGAAUUUACUCUCGAAGCAACCAUAUUCUUCAUCUUGAUGCAUAUUCACAUCAUCUACCGAAUUAACAAUUGUUCUAUUCGUUUCACAAAAAGUCUCAAAGCUCAUGUCAGCAUCAUCUGCCAUGGAAAGCUCAGCAACACAAACUUGCGUGUCAUCCAUGUUUCUGUUGACUGUCAAUGAGAUCUCAAUGAAUCUUAUGCUGUCAAGAAGAACCGAAAUCUUCUGACGAUCAAAGUAUUCGUUAAACAAUAAGAGAUCUCGUUUGAUUUCAGUUUCGUAUGGUAAUUUAACUGGUAGAAUAUUCAAGAACUGUUCGGGAACAAAUUCUUUGUUAUGGAAAAUUCUCAAUCGUGUUGGUUCAUCAGAUGAAAUCAUACAAACUUCCCCAAUAAUCGGAACUUCAGUGUUGAGACUCAUAAUCUUUCGAAUUUCUUCUUUCGUCGCUUUGAAUUCAAUGUUGACGACUUUCGUUUCACCAGGAGCCACACGAACUUCUGUUGGUGAUGUGAAAAGUGAUCUCGAAGCAUUAAACCCGCUCCAGUUUCUCUUCGUUUCAAAGACAAACACAGCAAAGCCAGGAAUAGUUCCAGUAUUUGUCAAUCUGAUUUGUUGCACCAUUUUAGACUUCAACAUUCUCACAUCGCCCAUUGUGAUGAAUGAUUUACCCUCUGGAGGCUUCUGAAUGCCAUCAAUCUUCAUUGCACAGUGACCACCGUAAGCAUACAAUGGAAUUGACUUCAUACAUUUGCUGUUAGAAAUCAAUUCAAAAAUUAAUUGACCACGAGAUGGACCAACAUUUAUCGGAUGAAAUUUCACUUCAAAUGUUCGAGCUUCAUUGGGAAUCAUUCGGAAAUCAUCACUUGGCGUCACACUAAAUCCAUUUCCUUGAACUUUCACACGCAAUGACAAUUUUUUGUUUGAUCCAUUUUGAAUGCUGAUUGAGUUUGAUGAACUGUGGUUGAGUUUCACGCUGCUCCAUGAUAAUUUUCGACUUGAUUUCUGAAUUUUUAUUGGAAGGACGUCAUCGUGAAAUUCACUUCCAUUGCUUAAUUGUGAUGACGUUCUUUUAAGUUCACCAUGAGAAGAGAAUGGAGAUGAAUUGCCACUUGUUCUCAAAGAUCUUGCAGGUGAAGUGAAGACAUUUUCAGGUUGAAUGAGGCCAUAAUUUGGCAAUGAAAGUUUCUCUCCUGAUAAAUGCAAGGACGGUGCCGUGACAUACUCACGUGAAGAAGAAGUUUCGUCAAAAACUGGCUUUGAUUUAUUUCCUGUCUUGUUGAAACUGCUAAUGUUUGAUCUUAUGCUGUUUAAUGAUUGCGGAACUUUGAAAUGAUCUUCAUCUGGUUUUGGCUUCAACAUUGUUGCUGCAGCCGCUUGAAGUUCAUUUUGCAUGGUUGGUGAUUUAGAUCGAAAGCAUUUGUCAAGAGUGGUUUUUGGUGUUUCAUUUGACACGGAGCUUGAACGUGAUCGUCGCUUAAGACCACGAUUUGUGAUGGCAUUUUCAGAUCUUUGUAGAUUAUCGUCGGAUAUUGACGGCGCUUCCUUUACUGGAACAACAUCGAGG